AUGCAAUUCGGGUAUGCACUCGGUCUCCUAUCUUGCGGUCUGAUGUAUCGAUUCGAUGUCGAUACCUCUACAGGGUAUAUUGUGGGGAUACUAUUCUUAGUGGGAUUUGCAGCCGGCUGUACCUUACAGACAACUCUGGUUACAAUGCAGAAUACCGCUCCAGAAGAUCUACGGGCCAUCAUCACGGGAGCGAGAAAUACCUUCCGUUCAUUCGGUGGGAGUAUUGGUCUAGCAGCAGCUGGUCCUAUUCGAAAUUCCGUUGUCACUACCGCUCUGCUGAGUAUUCCAUCGUUGACCGACAAGCAGCGCAAACAAGUUAUCAGCCUUGGACCAUCUUCAAUACUGGGUGGUCUAGAUCCAGAAGCGAGUAUACUGGUCUUGAGAGCGAUGCGGCGUGGUAUUCAGACCGUCUAUCUCACUUUUUUACCUUUGAUGGCUGUAUCUCUGAUAGCCGUGAUGUUCGUCAAGCAACGACGCCUUAUAGACGAGGAUUAUCUGGCAGAUCGAUCGGCAGAGCUGGCCACGGUACCAGUCGUAUUGUCGAGCUCACCAAACGAGGAGGUUGGCAAUCGUCUUGCCGUGUCCCAGGUACCAAGAGAUGGCUUCGAUGAUGACGUGAAGAAGGUUUGA